AUGGCAGCUCGUCCGACCACCCGACUGGUUUUCCUCAGCACAUUUGCUCUUUUGUUCAUUUUCUAUUUCCUUUUCAUCCAGCCCAAGGGUCCUGAGAGCCCGGCGACCCGAGCGCCAGGCCAUUUGGUCGAUACCAAGAGCACGAUCUCGUCGAAUCUCGCUAUCAGUCAGGAUGUGUUGAAGGGUGAGGUGGUCAUGCCGAAACUAGCGAAUGAAACGGCCAAAGCGGAACUCGGCCGGGCUACCUGGAAGUACUUCCACACGGUAAUGGCACGAUACCCUAAGAAACCGACCGAAGAUGAGCAGGAAGCAUUACGGUCUUUUGUAUACCUUUUCGCGCGGUUAUAUCCAUGCGGCGAAUGUGCUGCUCAUUUUCAGAAACAUCUCAAAAAGUACCCACCACAGGUCUCCUCUCGCGACGCUGCCGCCGGCUGGGGUUGUUUCAUUCACAACGAGGUUAAUCAUAUGUUGGAUAAGCCGGAAUAUGAUUGCAACAACCUCGACGACUACGAUUGCGGCUGUGGGGAUGAGGAAGAGGAAGAGGAAGUACAAGCAUCGCCCAAGGUCGCCAAAAAGGAGCAGACAGACGUUGAUUCCAACCCUGAGGUUGAAAUUACCAAGGAACCGUGA